CCAGAAGUAUGCGUUUGAGCGCAGCUACAUCCGACUAAUUGCAGCCUCCCAAGUCAAAAUACAUGCCGUUCGUUUGUUAGCCGAAGGCGAGAGUGCGAGAGAAGAGAAAGCCCACCGAGAUGGGGAGAGCCUUCGUCUACGUGAUCCUCGGCGGAGGAGUCGCCGCCGGAUACGCGGCGCUCGAGUUCGUCCGGCUAGGAAUCUCCCACGGCGAGCUCUGCAUCAUCUCCGAGGAAACCGUUGCACCUUAUGAACGACCUGCUCUAAGCAAAGGAUUUUUACUUCCAGAAGAUCCUGCACGUCUUCCAUCCUUUCAUACUUGUGUAGGUGCCAAUGAGGAGAGGUUGACACCAAAGUGGUAUAGGGAGCAUGGCAUUGAACUAGUUCUUGGAACUAAGGUAAAGUCUGCUGACGUGAGGCGGAAGACAUUGCUUACGGCAACUGGGGAGACUAUCAGUUACAAAAUUCUCAUUAUCGCAACAGGUGCUCGGGCUUUAAGGAUCGAAGAAUUUGGAGUGAGGGGAUCUGAUGCUGAAAAUGUCUGCUAUUUACGUGAUUUAGCUGAUGCGAGUAGGCUGGUGGAUGUAAUGCGCUCUUGUACUGGUGGAAAUGCUGUAGUCAUUGGUGGCGGGUACAUCGGCAUGGAAUGCACGGCAGCUUUGGUUAAACAUCGAAUUAAAGUAACUUGGGUCUUCCCUGAGAAACAUUGCAUGGGUCGUCUAUUUACACCAAAGAUUGCUGCGUUUUAUGAAGAUUAUUACAAGUCAAGGGGAGUUAAUUUCAUAAAAGGAACAGUUCUGACAUCAUUUGAAAAUGACUCAGGGGGAAAGGUGACAGCAGUGGUCCUUAAAGAUGGCAGACGUCUGCCUGCUGACAUGGUUGUGGUUGGCAUCGGGAUCCGUGCAAACACCAGCCUAUUUGAAGGUCAAUUGAACAUAGAGAAAGGUGGGAUUAAGGUGAAUGGACGAAUGCAAACUAGCAACAACUCUGUGUAUGCUGUAGGUGAUGUUGCUGCAUUCCCUGUCAAACUCUUUGGCAAUGAUAUCCGCCGACUUGAGCAUGUUGACUCUGCACGAAAGACUGCAAAGCAUGCAGUGGCUGCCAUCAUGGUGCCUCAGAAAACUGGUGACCUUGACUAUCUACCAUUCUUCUACUCUAGAGUCUUCACGCUCUCUUGGCAGUUUUAUGGAGAUAAUUUAGGCGAAGUUGCCCACUAUGGCGAUUUUUCUAGUGGGAGGUUUGGUGCAUAUUGGGUUGACAAGGGCCAGAUGGUGGGAGCUUUCCUCGAGAGUGGAAGCAGAGAGGAGUAUGAGGCGAUAGCAGAAGCUGUUAGGCUCAAGGUGACCGUCAAAGACAUGACCGAGCUUGAAAGAGAAGGCCUUGAAUUUGCUUUGCGGGUAAGCCACCAGGCAAUGCCAGAGACCGGGCUUAUUGUGGAAAGGCCGAUGUAUGCAUGGCAUGCCACAGCAGGUGUUGCUGUAGCUAUGUCGAUUGCCGCAUUUGCUUACUGGUAUGGAAGGCGCCGCCGGAUAUGGUGACCAUGAGAAACAAGGAUAUUUAUGGAAAGAGCUGGUGCUGCAUGUAUAUAAUGAAAUAGAGCCAACACUGACAUCACCACAACAGUUGAAAAGCGGCUGAAUGCAGAGAGAAGCUUUGUUGGAAUAUGACUAAUGAAAAAGAAUAUUAUGAAAAGAAUGGGAGCAGUAUCUGUGGUAAUGAAUCAGAGCCAACAAUAGCAUCACAACAACAGGUGAAAAAGUGUUUGAAGGGAGAGAGAAGCUUCGUUGCAGUAUGACUAGUGAAAACUUCUCAAAAGAGCUGGCAUGAAUUGAGAUCAUCACAUUGUCUUGUAUAGCAUCCGGGGUGUUGCAAAAUCUCGUCAUAUACAUAUACAGCAUACUCAUUGCUUGUCCUGAAUCAUACAUAUACUUAUUGUGAACUGAUUUUUAUCUGCCUUCUAGAUUUGCUGCAGCUUAUAUCGUUCAUCUGA